AUGAGUGACAAUAUAAAAGUAGUUGUCAAAGUUAGACCUUUAAUUUUGCGUGAAAUUGAAGAUAAACUUUCCUACCAGUGGCGCGUUAAGAAUAAUACGCUAUAUCAGCUUGAUCAAAAUGGCAAAGAUCUUGGACAGGCUUUUACAUUUGACAAGGUUUACGAUCAAGAAACAAAAACUUCGGAUGUGUACAAUGACAUCGCGAAGCCGAUUGUGGAAGCCGCCACGGCAGGUUUCAAUGGAACGAUAUUUGCUUAUGGACAAACAUCAUCUGGCAAGACAUAUACUAUGAGCGGGACAGAUGAUUCUCCAGGAAUAAUUCCGCUAGCUGUACUCGAUUUAUUUAAAAUUAUUAAGAGUAUUCCUGAUCGUGACUUCUUAGUCAGGGUAUCUUUCAUAGAAAUAUAUAAUGAAACAGUGAAAGAUUUACUGAACAUAGAAAAGGACAAUGUGAAAGUUCAAGACACAUUGCGAGGAGUUGUCAAAGUAUAUACCACAGAGAAAGUCACAUCAUCACCUGAAGAAGUCCUUGAGGCUAUGAAAGAGGGUGAGGCAAACCGACAAACAGGCGCUACCAAUAUGAAUGAGCAGAGUAGCAGAUCACACUCAAUAUUUCAAAUUACAAUAGAAUCUCGAGAACACAUAGAAGGCGAAAGCGAAGGGGGUUGCGUGAAUGUAUCACAACUAAACCUAGUAGACUUGGCGGGCUCAGAACGAGCGGGGCAAACUGGUGCUAAGGGCAUAAGGUUCAAGGAAGGCACGCAUAUCAAUAAGUCGCUUUCUACACUCGCUCUUGUUAUAAAACAACUGUCUGAAGACCACAAGUUUGUAAGUUACCGCGAUAGCAAGCUCACGCGCUUACUACAAAACUCCUUAGGAGGCAACGCUAAGACGAGUAUCAUCUGUGCUGUUACACCGGUAGCUGUAGAAGAAACUAUUUCUACUUUACAGUUCGCGAACCGCGCAAAAGCAAUAAAGAACAAACCAGAAGUAAACGCGGUCGCUACGGAUGCCACUAUGAUCCAGAGUCUCACCAAACAGAUGUCACAGUUGCAAUCACAGCUGGAACGCAAGAAGUCCUUAGAACAAGAUAACUACAAACUACAAAAUAAGAUAAAUGCUUUACAACGGCUCAUACUGAAUGGGUUCGGCCGUAGUAGUAUGGAAAUUAACAAGGGGGCCAGACGCAAACUACCUCUGCCACGAAGGGUCACCAUACAUUCUACUGCAUCGGAGUUCAAAAGUGAACCUGUAGUUGAAGUACCUAAGUUUUGUACGCCCAGUUUGAAAUAUAAUCCGGCGCUGCUGGCGCCCCCGGCGGAGACGGCGCUGGCGGCGGGCGGCAGGGCGCUGGCGAGCGUGCCCGAGGAGCCGGCGCGCGCCCCCACGCCGCCGCGACCCGCCGUCAGCUUCCGCGACGAAGUCAUCAACUUAGACAGCGAUGAUGAUAUGGCGCAAGAGGACCACGACGCAUGUUCACCGUUUCAUAAAUGCUAUGGUUCAACGAAAACGCCUCCAUGUAUACUUAGAAAAAAUCGUGACAUCGCCGAAAAACAUUUAAAAGACAUAAUUGAACUGACUGAAAGAGAAAAGAUUUUUUCCCCUAGUGCGGUUGAACUGAUGGAAAAAUUAGAAGAGAAUUCAACUGUAAUUGCAAAAUUACAAGAUGAAAUGGAAUUAUUGAAUAAGAAAUGCAAGGAAAAAGACUUAGAAAAUGAAAUAUUAAAAAGUAAAUUAGAAAAAAAAGAAACCGAAUUAAAAGUAUUAAAUAGUGCCAAGGAUGAUGUUCAAACUGAAUGUGAAAAGUACAAGACUAAAUUAACCGAUAUGGAGGUAAUUUGUGAAACAUUGAAACAUAAAGCCAAGCUUAGGGAAGAAGAACUAUUAUCUUUGUUAGAAGAAAUGAAAGUUAAGCAACCUCAAGACAUUGAUAAAAUAUCCUGUAACCUUGAAAAAGAUAUUAACUUUAUGGAUAUGUCUAAAGAAGUUUCUCUAGUUAAUAGCGACAAUGAAAAUAGUAUUAUUCCUGACGAUGCAACUGAAGACGUAAUCAAUAUUAUUACUGAUACGCAAAUACAGCUAACUUCUAAAAACCAAAGCAUUAUAGAAUUAGAAGCGGAUCUUUUCUCGCACAAACAAAAAAUAGUGUUGUUAGAAAAUCUAACACAAGAACUUGAACAGACUGUCUCAACUUUCAAGGAAAAACUUGUCAAUGUCGAGACAGAAAAUUCUUUACUUACGUCUUCCUUAGAAACUUUAAAUAUGACUAUAAAUAAUCAACAAGAAAAUUUACAAUCUGCUAAUAACGACAUAGAAUCUUACAAUCGUGUUAUUCAAGAAUUAAAAAUGAAACUGACCCAAAGAGAAAAUUUGUUUAAUAUAGAUAUUAAUGAUAGUUUGCUUGAAAAUAUGAUUACAAAUGAAGAACAUUUUAUAGCUAAUAAUGAAAAUAUGAUGAAUAUUAUACAUUCUUUCAAAAUUGCUAUUGAUGCCCGAAACAAAGAAAUCACGGAAUUGAAAGACAAAGACCGUGAGAUUUUAGAGGAAAACAAAAACUUAGUGACCAAACUUCAAGGUAAAACAGAGCAAAUUAACACUUUAAAUUCUGUGAUAGAUGAUUUAAAGUCACAAGUAAAUGAGAAUGUUUUAACAAUUAAAAAACUUACGCAUGAAAACAAUGAUUACACAGUAGGUCAGCAAGAACUUAUCAGUAAAUUAAAUAAUUUAGAAACUAAGAACAGGAGGUUAGAAGAAAUCAAUAAUGAAAAUACUGGUUGCCUGCAAAAUUUAAAAGAGGAAAAUAGUAGAUUAAAAUUAGAGGACACGCAUACUAACUUAAUUGAACAAAUAUCAGAGCUGACCACUAAAAUAGGUCAUUUAUCAAAAACGUGUGCUGAGAAAGAUGAUUUAAUAGUAACUCUAAAUAAAUCUAUCUAUCAAUCGAAGGAAUUUCUAUGCAAUGUCAACAUUACUGUUCUUAAAUCGCUGUCCAAUUUAGGUAUUUUAACAGACGAGAUGCAGGAAGUGCCAGAAGUUUUGGACAAUUUUGUGGAUAUAUUCAAUAUUUUAAGUAAUACUUUAAGUACAUUAGAAUCCGUUGCAAGUAAUAUUAUAUCUGAAAAAGAAGAAUUAAAUCAAAUGAUUGAGAAAUUAAAAGCAGACCUAGAGCAACUUCAAAUUAAACAUAAUACAGAAGUUACAUUAUUACAGACCAAAGUUGAUGGCCUCGAUGAUAUUCAGCAGUAUUAUCAACAAGAAAAUGAUUUAUUGAAGUGUAAAUUGAAUGAAGCUAUUGAAAUACGAGAUUUAGAAAAUUCAAUACGCAUGACAAAACAGGAACAGUAUUUAGCUGAAAAAGAGAAUACAAUAGAUAAUCUUAAUAGCAGUUUAAAAAAUAUGGAAAAUAGACUGAACGAAAAUAUAUCAAAAAUUGUUUACCUGGAAGACUGUUUAAAAAAACAAAAUGAAGAAAAACACAAUCUACUAAAAAAUAUCCUUAGCGAAUUGAGUAAUAUUGCAAUUAGUUUUAAAAUUGAAAACAACUCUUGUGAGGAUUUGGUCGACACUGAAAUAUACGAACACAUCCUACUAACCGUUAAGAAAAUAUCAAAUCAUAUAACAUUUAUCACCUUGAAAAAUGUUGAUAAUGAUCAAAAGGCUAGUAAAAUAUUGACACAAGACAAUGUUGAAGAUUCAGUAUUAAUAGAAAAUAAUUGCGAUUAUACAGAAAUAGUACCUGAUAUAGAAACAAAUCACAAAAAUGUAGAAAAAAAUAAACUAAGUGAAGGUUUAUUAGUAAGUCAACAGCUUUUACAAGAUUUGCAGAAAGAAUUAAAAUACAAAACUACACAAUUAGAUUUCAUGGAAGUCAAAGUUAGAGAUUGGAAGGAUCAAUUUGAAAGUUUAGACCUCGCUAUGAAACAAAAAAUGGAAGAUUUGAAAAUAGAGAAUGAAAUUCUUAAAACACGCGUUGAGGUGCUUAAACGAGAAUCUCAAUUUCCGGUAGAUGCUUAUGAUGACAAAACAUGUAGAGAUAAAAAAGAGGAUAUAAAGAUUACCGAUAGGCUAUAUACUAUAAUCACACAAGAUGAAGUCAAAUCACCACCAAGUCUGCUAACCAUAUGCUGCAACAAAAUAGUUUCUAUGGAACCGAGAGAACUAGAAUCAAAUUCAAUCACAACCCAAAAUGAAAUUGAAAACACUUCAAUGGAAAAUGACCAUUGCCAGUGUUUUCAGCUUCAGUUAGAAUUAAAUGACGCCAAAGAGGAAAAUUCGAGGUUAUUGGAACUUUUAGAAGAAAUGGAAAUAAUAAACCAGCAACUAUUGGACGAACAAAAUGUCGUCCGAAGUGAAAUUCAACUCUUAUUAGAACCAGCUCAAGAAUUGCAUAAAAAAAUGAUUAGCCAUAGAACUAAUUUGUCCAUCCUAACGGCUACUACUUAUGCUGAGAAUAAAUCUUUAAAGUCCCAAGUAAAAGUGCUUCAACAUCAUCACAAGCGUUUUCAUAACGUUUGUCAAAGAGAUAUACCUGAGGUUAAGAAACAAUUAAGCAGUCUGAUGACAUUAUUAAAGGGAGAUCCAUUUAUUGGUGACUUGCAAAACCUAAAUUUUAAACGUCAUUAUUCUUUACCUGAUGUAUUGGAUAGCAGUACUGCACCUUCCAACUUUAAAAAUGAAUCUACCUUAGAUGGAGAUGUAUUGAUGUUAGACACAAAUAUUACUAUUACCACGACCGCUGAUAACACCUUCACGGGGCAUGAUCAAACCUGCUUAGAUAUCACUCAGUUCUUCAACGAAGCAUGUCAAACGAAUGACUUUCAUCAAGUAAUCGAUCAAAAUAUACAACAGGUAGAAAUAUGCAAUUGCCAAAACGAAAUGUUACAAAAAUUGAACGUUUUGAACGAAGAGAACACAAGACUUCGUGAACUAGUAGAUAAAUACUCAAAAAUGAAUAUCGCUACAAAUAUUCAGAAUUCUCCUAUCAUAAAUGACAAUCACAUUGAAGAAAGUGUUCUAGAGUCUCACAAUAGGAAUAUAAAUUGUGCUAAUUGCAAGGAACUAUCAAUAAUAAAAGAUUCACGCGACAAAGUAAAUGAGAAAUUAAAAGAGCUGUACGAAGACUUUGCUAAGUGUAAUUCAACCAAAAAUGAGUUAGUAGAAAAAUGUGAUAAGCUUAUUAUUGAAAGGGAUACAAUGGAUGCAAAGUUGAAAAAAUUAGUUAUUUAUGAAAAAGAAUACAAUAGUCAAAAAGAAGAAAUAAAUAAACUGAAUAAUGUCAUAAGUAUAAAACAUAAGGAACUUAAAUGUUUACAGGAAGAAAAUGACACACUUUCUAAUCAAGUUAUGGAUAAUGUGUCUGAGGUAGAUGACUUAACUAAAGCUCUAAAUAAAUUGAAACAAUACAGUAAUGAACUGGAAGUAAAAUGUAAUAAAUUGGAACAAUCCAACCUAAAUAUAGUAGGUAGUGAAAAAGACGACUUAUCUUGUUCCCAGUGUAUUACAAAAGACAAACUUAUACAAACAUUGCAAAGUAAAGAAAAGAGAAUACAAGUAAAGUUGAAUAGGAGUUUAAGCGACUCUGAUACUUCUUCAAGAAUCAACAAAAUAUGUACAUUGCAAAGUGAGUUACAUGCUGGCAGAGAAGAUUGCAAAGAACUUACAGAAGAUGUUGUGACUAUUAAAAACCAUUUGGAAAGAAGCAAUAUUUCAAUGGACUUAGAUGAAAGUUUGGCCGAUAAUAGUAUCUGUGCUUAUCCUAAAGACAGUGAAAUUUCUAGUUCACAAUUCAAUAAAAGUAAUAUGCCUCAAAUUGCCGAGGAGCAAUGUACAGAUUUCUACAUAAUGGAUAAAACGGAUUGUUUUAACUAUUAUGCAGAAAAAACUGGCGCAAAUAUAAGCAGUUUUAACAAUGAUGCAAAAAUAAUUGAAGUCAUGAAAAUGCUUUAUGAGGAUUUGAUAAUGAAACACGGCCAGGAAGUAGAAAAUUUAAAUAACAAAUUGAAAGAUUAUAAUGAAGCUAAAACUCGUUUACAAAGUCAGUAUGACGAUUUGAAUACAAAAUUCUAUCAAAUAAGUGACGAUUUACGAGACAAAAACGAUAAAUACUCAAAGUUCGAGUACUCAUUAUCACAAUUAAGAAGUAAUAUAAACAUUAUACAUGAAGAGUUUAUUAAGGCUGGAGAUAUAAAUAAUUCGAAAGUAAUUGAUAUGUUUAAAUCAAAUAUGGAAUCUCUGGAUCGGGAAUUUGACUUUAACAGUGUUAGAAUUUUGGAUUAUAUUUUAGAAAAGUUGAAUAAUAACCAAGCACAAUUAAAUGAUAUGGUUGUGAAAUACACUAAAUUACAGAACAAUUUAGAAAAUGUAAACGCAGAACUACAUGUUGUAAAAGAAAAUUUAUUAAGCAUGAAGGCCGAGUUAGCCUCAAAAGAAAAUGAAUGUACUUUACUCAAACUUCAAAAAGAAAAAAUUCACGAAAUAAGUAAUGCAGUCACCAUAGAUAUCGUCAAAAGAGAAAAGGAAUUAAAGGAUACCAUUGAUAAAGGGUAUCAAAGACUCAUUGAAUUGGGUAUUAUUAAACCAGAAAAAGUUGAUUCAAAUUUGCCAUUAACUACUAAUAUUAAUAUAUUAUUUGAUCUUUUGGCCACUGAAUCUAAACGAAGACAUAAUGAAGAAAAAGAAAAGAAUGCUCGACUUUUAGAAAUGAAUAAAUUGACAGCUAAAAUAGAUGAGAAAGAGAAAGAAAUAGAAAUCCUUGAACUACGUGGAUUUAAAUUACAAGAAGUCAAUAACGCUGUCACCUUAGAUAUAGUGAAUAAAGAAAAGGAAGUACAGACACUAAAGCAAAUGUACGAGGAUUUGAACAAAAGACAUGAAAACGUAUUGCAAGAAAAUAAGUUGAAUUUACUGACAAUAGAAAAAAAUAAGGCCGAAGUUAAUACAUUGAAGACUUCUAUUUUAGAUAAUGAAAGUACUAUAGAAACAUUAGAAAAGGAGUUGAAAGCUCAGACUAGUGGGAAUUGUUUGAAAAUGUCAGAUCUUUUGGAAACAGUGACUGGUUUGCAAAAUGAACUUACAAACUUAAAACGUCUCAACGAAAUGAUCUCCAAAGAAAAAGAAGUUUAUGCUGAGGAAUUAAAGAAAUCUGCAGAGGCACUUCAGAAAAAUAAUGUAGAUAUAGAUAAAAUGACCAAUGACAUUCUAGUUCUUAGAGAAUCUGUCAGAGAAAACGGUAUAGUCAUAGAGAAUUUGAACAGCGAAGCAAAAUCUCUAUUGAAACAAAAUAUGGAACUUAAAGACGAACUUGAGAAAAAAGUCAAAGAGUGUUCGAGACUGGAGACGAAUAUAAAAACACAUGAAAAGACGGCGCAGAUACAAACUAGGAUGAUAAUGAGGAUUGAGAAACAAAAAAGCGAUGAUGACAAAAAGCUUGAAGAAUUUUCGCAGAAACAUAUCCUUCUGCAGAAGGAGAGUGAAGUUUUGAAAGCUGAAAUAGAACAAAUAAAAAGUGAUAAAGAAGCUCUUCAGGCUCGGGUAAAUGAAUUAGAAAGUUCAUUAGAAGCAUAUAGGAAUCGUCCAUCUAUUGACGCGAUUUCUGACACGUCGCGGCGUCGCCGACAGAGUCUCCACGAUUCCAAACGUAUUUUUGCUGAUGAGAAAUAUGAAACUGGAGACGACCAGAACGCAGAGGCUUUAUUCAGUGCCCGACCGAAGCCUGAUGACUUAUUCAUGGAUGUCGAUGAUGAAGGAUCCGCCAGAAGUUCCCCCUUACGACAUAGUAAAGGACGGGACAGCUUAUCUCUCUUAAGGACAGAUCAGAUGAGACCGAACAAAGAUACUAUGAUUUCCUUCCCACGAAGAAAACUACAACCUUUGUUGCAAGGAAAAAUCUUGGGCGACAAGGAUGAAGAGCACCCAUCAAGACCAAACAGUGUUCUAGAAAGUCGGCGCAGAAGACAAACAUUAUAUGACACACACCGAUUGUCUCACACACCGCCACCUAGCAGCGGCGACACUAACAGUUGCGUUUCACAGUUAAGAGAGCAACUUGCUUCUUGCCAACAAGAUUUAGAAGAUCUUAAAGAAAAAUACAGGGAACUGGAUGAAGAGUGCGAAACCUGCUCUGAAUACUUGAAGGAAAGGGAAGAACAGUGUUCUAGACUUAAGAAGGAGAAGAUAAGUUUACAGCACACAAUUACAGAGCUGAAAGGAAAGUUACAGUGCAUUCCAGGCAUCGGCCAACUUAAUCCAUCAAAACCUAAAGUUGCGGACGCGUCUGUGAAUACCGAUGAAGACUGGGCAAACUUGCAUGCCGUUGUCGUUGAUCGUAUGUCGUAUGAUGCCGAAGUUGAGAAGAACAAGAAGUUAACUAAAACUAUCGAAGAACUGCGCUUUAAGAAACAAGAUUUGAAAAAUACUCUAGCUAAAAUGCAGAAGGCUUUCGAGAAAAAUAUUGGAAACAGAGAACUAGAAGCCACCAAGUCCGAGCUUCAAGCGUAUAAACAAGAACUAUCUGAGCUGAAAGAGAGAUAUAAAGAAUUGGAUGAAGAAUGCGAAACCUGCGCGCAGUACUUGCGAGACAAAGAGGAACAGUGUCGUCGACUGAAGGAGGCUAAAUCACAGCUAGAGGCUAAACUGCAAGAGUUACAUACUGACAUUAAUCCUUUGGCACAUACCUCGCGUAAGAAACGACAAAAUGCUCACGAUCAAAAUCGCGCAGCCGCCGUGGGUGUGGCCGACGCUGCCACGGAAACUAGUGAAGAUUUGCUCAGUUACCAAGUCGAACGGGAUGGUAAUGUUCAUGCACCGCUGGAUGACAAACAUGCCAAGGAAGUAAAACAUUUGAAAUUGGCGGUGGAGAGAUUAUCGCAGCAGAAGUCAUUGCUGGAGCAGCAGCUGGUGUCGGUGUCUAGCGCCGUGCAGCCGAUGCCCAUGUUUGUGGCCACGGGCAGCGCAAUCGUGCAGAAUCAGCAAAUAACCGAUGUGAUGAAAGAAAAUCAGAAACUUAAAAAAAUUAACGCAAAACUGGUUAAUAUUUGUAAGAAAAGGGGCAAAGAAUCUAAUAGAGAGAAUGUAGAUCCAGCUGACCAAGGUUGA